CCAGCAGUGGUGCAAAUGUUAUUGUAAUUCCUCCACAAGAGCAUGAGCAGCAAAACUUGGUAGUCUCGUCAGACUUUGAUAUUUUUCUCAACGAUUUCCCGGAUUUCGAUCUCAAAAUAUGACGUUUUACCACUUUGUUAAUUGCGUAGCACUGGUCUAUGUGCCCUACCACUUCACAUACAAACUUUCUGGACUAUCAGAGUAUGGAGCCUUUUGGAAAUGCUUCCAAGCAGCACAGCAUUACGUUUUCACGCAGCUGGUCAAAAUGAUAGUGGUGGCCACAUUUUUCCCUGAAUCUGAACUGGAAGUCAAAGGAGACGGCAAUGAUGCUUUUUCGGAGUGGUUGAAGGCUUCCGUGGACCUGGCUGACCUGGCGGGUCUAUAUCUAGUCCUGGCAAAAAUCCCUGGCAAAGGGCACAACAAGAUCUUGACUGCUGCCGUGGGAUGGGGUGGCGCAGAGAUGAUUCUCUCGCAUGUCUACUCGCUGUGGUUUGGCGCUAGAGGAGCUGAAUUCGACUGGAAGUACAUCCAGGGAUGCCUUGACUCCAACAUCAGUCUGGUCCAGCAUAUCUCGACGGCCGCCCUGGUGUGGUUGUGGUCGCGGCAUGACUUGAAGAAGACCCUGAUGCCAAUCGUCUACUUCCUCCUGCUGGCCGCCAUUUUCAAGCCAGUACUUUUCAACACUCUGCUGGUGUCCAUGGGCUACGGACCGUGGCUGCGGCUUGCUCUGAAGGCACUGACCACUGGCGCCCUCGGCCUGGUCACCCUCUACAUCUACAGCGGCCUGGCAAAGGCCAUAGGUGUCUACUAGCAUGCAACCCUCUCCUCUAUUUGAUACUUUUUCAUGCCAAACUACUCAAGAAGUAUUGAGAAGACCAACUUCACCAGAAGAUUUGCAAGUUUUGUUUAUUGUUGAGAAUGAAUGCGUGUAUCUAUUA